UAACCAAGCAUUUGUUGCCUUCUUGUUCCAAAAUGCGGUAUUUUCACCCAAACGGAUUGCUCGAAAACUGUGCCAAAAUGAAAUUCAAGAAAAAGCGUACUUAUUUUUGAGGAAAUCAUGUCUCGCAAACAAAAUCCGAGCGAGUGUUCAAGUGCCAAGCGUGAUGAAAGCGGUGGUCAAAGCGGUGUUGUUGUUUUGGCGGACAUGAUCACGAGCGCUCUAGAAAAUGUGAAGUUGGUAAGGUUUCAUAAUUAGCGAUCGCUUACAAUUCUAAAAGGUUACUUCUGAAGGCUUCGAAUAUUGUAAGCCUAUAUAUAGUUUGCGGAUAUACUAAACUUUGGCUUGACUAAUGCAAAUUAAGUCUCCUUGGUAAUAAUGGUAAAUGACUGAGCACACAAGUAGCACAUUUAGUAUUACAUUCUGUAGUGAUGAGCUCUAAUAAAGCCAUUCAACCACUGCAUAGAGAAAUUCAAAUACUGACCAUGUCAGUUUGCCGUGAGAUCUUCACAACUCACUGUGAGACGGGGGGAUUCACUUAAUCGAAAUUGGGAGUCCCCCAGCAGGACCGGGGGACUUGGCAAGUCUUCAAGAUUUGUACAAUAAGGCAGGCACCCAUAAUGUAAUCAAGCUCUGCCAACUUGAGGGGAAUGGAUAAAGCUGAUGGUAGAGUACUAAUACUUAACCUGUGAAAUAGAUAGUAGUUAAUAUGCACUUCUAUCAUGUUUAUGCAGUUUCAAAUUCUUUUGUUUACUUGUCAAUAUUUGGGAUUUAUAAGUAUGUUUCACAGGGGGGACGAGGGGGGGGGGGGGUAAGUAAAAUCACUCUUGCUUCAGAUCAAGGUAUAUACUUUUCCACAUACAUGUAAAUAAACAGCAAACAUUUUGAGAAAUUCCCUUUUGAUUCUUUUACAUUGUAUUUUCCUUUAGGGUAGAACAAAAGAUUAUGAUCAGCUGAUCCAAAGACUUGCCAACCCUGAAAUUAAGGUAGAUAAACUUUGCUUAUAAUUAAUUUUGAGAAUAUGUUUAUACCAUGUAUUAUAUUCUAUUAAUUUAUGGCUAAUAAUUACGGUCUUGACUUGUAAAAUGUUAUUGAUGUUUUGGAUUGGUGCAGUGGAACCUUGAUAUAAUGAACCAUAUAACAAAGUCCUUGAACAAUUUUCUUUACCCCCAGUAAUAGGUAUGAAAAUGAACCUCGAUAUAUGUAACAAAACCUCAUUACAGGAAACAAAUUUUGUCAGUCCCCUGGCCCUUCGUUUUAUCGAGGUUCUACUGAAUUUAGACUUUCUCAUAGUUUGAAUUAAAUUAACAAUGGCUCAAUCAAUUCCAAGUGUAACUAUCACUCAGCAACCUCUGGCAUUUAUUAGCCGUUUGUCUGCAUUGCAUUUAGCUGUCUUUUACUUCUCUCCCAAUGUUGAAUCAACAAUUUUUUGCUUUCAGGAGGUACAUUUGCAACGAUUUUUGAAGGCCCUGACAGGUUGUUCAUCUGCCCUGACAAAGCAGUAUGAUACCCUGGUUGGUACAGUCCUGGUAAGAAAAUAUGUUUUAUUGCAGGUUCCUCUUGUCGCCUGCAAUCCUAAUCUCCAGGUUGUUAUUAUGCAUGCGUCACAUGUAUGCAGCCAGCAUUCGUUUGGACUUCACUAAGAAUGAAUGGAAUAUACAUAACACAAUUUGAUCAUGCGUGUUUGGGCCUUCUAUCACUCAUAUAAAUCUGAUCAUGUCAUGUUUUGUCAUGUGAAAAUUAAAAACCCAAAGCAAAGCAUUGGAGCAAAAGAGUUUUGACAUUUGAUCGUUGUCGCCCACACUCUGUAACCUUUGGUUGUUACUAGUUUACUCUUUAUUAGUCAAAAUACAUUAUACUUUAUAGAUAUUUAUUGACAAUUUUCAUUCAUCCCGAUAGAACACCAGAUGGGCAUCAUGUGGUGAUGAUACAGUUGAAGAAUUCAUUGAAUUCCUGACAAGCCUGCUGUCUGCUCAGACUUAUUAUUUGCGGGCCUGUCUUCGUGUAAUUGUCAAGCUUUUCCUCCCAGGUUAGUUGGUGUCAAUAACACAGCCCUUCUUGCAAUGCCCAUGCCAUAUCAAUUCAAUUCAAUAGACAAACAACCAUAAAACCUUGUAGUUUCCACAGUACCUUAAAGGUUCAUACAGAUGACCAUAUUCAGCAGUAGGAAUCCCGCUGCCUUAUAAGCUUAAUUCAAUGAUCUCUGGUUUACAGAGCGGGAGGUCACAUGUUCAAUUCCCAUCGGGACCAGUACUCAGGGUCUUUAAAUAACUGAGGAGAAAAAGACUAGACUCUUGCUUCAUUUCAAGCAUUUAGAACAUCAAAGAACCCACCAACUGUUUGUAAAGAGGAUGGGACAUAGUCCCCAUGUGGUGGUCUGCUUCUGGCUGAGUUAGCUUAAAAGGCUUCUGAGUGAAUGAGUUCACACUACACAUACAGCCAGAGUUGAAGUCAGGCUAUUUGCCAGGUGCUGGAACCUUCACUCAGAACUCAGAACACUCAGACAACUGAAGGAUUGUUUACAAAUCCCUUCCCUCAGAAUUUUAAUACUCCAAAGUGCUUCACACAGCACAUCUGUGCUUUGUAUGUCAACAAUGGUUACAGAUUGUACAGUACAGCAAGUGUCUAAGCAAAUGAUUUCUAGGUUUAAUUCCAAUGUAUUCACUUUCCAGAAUACAGUCAAUGAGUGCGCCCUAGGGAUUAUUUUUUAACAUCUUGAUUUUUGUUUUCUUUUUAAAAACAUUUUCCAUUCAUUUGUUAUGGUCACCGUACUGGAAGGGUGUGGCUAAGUGCUUUUCAACAGCUUUAGGUUUAAUAGUAAUGAGUGAUCUGUGUGGCAAGUUAAUGAAAUUGUAAGCUGCAAGCAAAAAUGUUGAAUACCGGUAGUCAGUGGUUUAAUAUUUUAGUGUUGUUGUUGUUGUUACAUUGAAAAGCAGUAACAUUGAUAUUUUGUUUAUAGUUUUAACUUAGCUAAUCAACAUCAGUGCACAAAGCUGAUCUUGCCAGCUACCCUGCAUGCACAUUAUAAUAAUAAAAUAAUAUUUUGAUAUUAUUGUGAAUAAAACUUCUUCCAACUUUAAUACAGGUAUAUCUAAAGAUCUUGAACUUAUCAGUUCUGAAGGUACAGUAACUGAAAGGAAAUUAAUUAUUAUUAAUUAAUUAUUAUUGUUGUUUAUAUUGUCAUUGUAUACAGUGUGUCUAUGUGUUUUCUUUUGCAGCCAAUUUUGGCUGAGCUGUGUUACAGGUCAAAAUUAAAUUCUGGUGAAAAUUUUUUAACCUAGGUUGAUUCUCAAUUUCCUUUGUCUCCUAGGCCUUAUUCAUCAAUAAUAUGAAUAAUAUUAUUAAGCCAAUACACACGAGGGGUUUUGCUCACGGAGCAUGCUCCAGGCUUAUUUUGCACAUGUCAGUACACACGAGGGAGCGUUUUCAAGUUCGCUCAAUUUGCCCUGGGAGCUUGCUCCCAAAUAUUUAACCUGUUAAAUAUCGUGGAGCAUUUUUUUUUUUUUUUUUUUUUAUUUUAAUGAAUUUUUUUUUUUUAAAAUGUUUUACAUUUUUUUUAGAUUCUGACUUAUGAACACGGAACACGUAAAGAAAAGAUACAAAAAACGGAAAGGAAAACUAAACAUUAUACAUCGCAGACUAACACACAAUUACAUACUUACAAAGAAGAAAACAAACGAAACAAAAACCCAGUACCUUCUUUUCUAUUUACAUGAAAAAAAAAGUAAAAUAAAAUAAAUAAAUAAUAAAGAUUAAUAAUAAAUAAAGUAAGCGGAGAAGAGAUCGUAUGCUAAUCAGUUUUAUAUUUGCCCCAUUUCAUAUUGUGGGUCUCCAACUUAUUGUUUGACUUAGCGAUCAUUGUCUCUAUUAAGAAGACAGUAUUAAUUUUGGAAUGAAGAACUCUGAUGGAGGGAGGAUAUUUGUUCUGUCUACAAGAGUAUAGAUAUUGUUUUGCCAGUAAUAAAAUAUGAUUCACAAAUAUCUCAUCCUCACAUCCAAUAAUACCAAACAGUAUAUCUUUGUCUGAAAGAUUUUCAAUCUUGACCUUAUGAUCAACAAGCCAUUUUAUAACCUCAGACCAGAAAUUCUCAGUAUAAUGACAAGACAGGAAGAGAUGUUCGAGGGAUUAAGUCCGAUUCACCACACAAGGAGCAUGCUGGAGAUGGUAUAAUACCAAUUUUGCAUAAGAAGGUAUUUGUCACAAGGCAUCUGUUUAAUAAUUUAUACUGAAACUUCAUGAGUCUUUGUAUCUAAGGCAACACGAUAUGGCAAGCUAUAGAUCUUUUUCCAGUUCAAAGUAUCAUUGACAAAAUUAGCAUCAAACUUUAGUUUAGCAGUUGGUGGAGUGACGAUUCUGUUUCGAAGUUCUUUAUAAACAAUUUUCGAAUACGCUUUUUCAAGUAAAACAAUUUGACCACUUAAGCGUAACUUAAUUUCAUCACGCAAAUUGAAUGGUGUGUCACCUGUAUAGAUGCAGGAUUUCAACGAUUCACGCCAUUGAGUUGGUAGAGCGUCUAUUAAAGAGACAAGCCUAAAAACAUCCAGCGGCGAAAGGUUCAAGACUCUCAACUCGCUUUUGAUUAUAAGUUCAUGUUUAUUCGAGAUUAAAUCACCCACUCGAAAGAUCCCUUUCUCAGCGAGAUUUCGAAAAUACACAGACUUGUCACCAACACAAAUAAAUUUGUUGUUCCAUAAGAUAACUUUUGACAAGUCUUUUCCAUUUAAAAACUGUAUAUUUAAAUUAUUUAUCGCAGAGCACUUUGCAAAAGAUUUUAAGCAUUCUUCAUAAAAGGCUGGUAAUUUGAUAGUCAAUUUCUUCAAAUCAAAGUCGCAACAUAAGACUAAUUUACCACCAACAGGUUUCAGAUAAUGCAAAAGGAUUAUUUUCCAUCCACUCGGUUGAUCAUUUGCCAAUUUCUUGCAGCAAAGUAUUCUUUGUGUUUCAAUUAUGGAGUUUAAAUGUGGGGCUUUAAGUCCUCCAUCUUCGAUAUCACUGAUAAGUGCAGAGCGUUUAACUUUAUCCUUUCCUUUCCAUAUAAAAUCAAAGAUAAUUUUGUUCGCUUCUUUCACAAAUUCUUUAUCCAAUGAUAUCAAGCUCGUGCGAUAUAAGAAGAUAGGGAUAAUAAAGGUUUUGACAAUUUGAAUUCUCCCUAUGAUAGUCAAAUCCCUCCACCUCCAGAUUCGUAGCUUAAGUUGGACAGAGCUGAUUAAUUCAUUGAUGUUUAGCUUUUGUUUUGCUUGAAUGUCAUAGGUAAAAUGUACUCCUCGAGACAUUCUUGUAAAAAGUAUGGAUCCAUUGAAUAAAAGAUGGUCCAAAACCAAAAACGGGUAACGUUCGAAAUAAGAAGUCCCUACUAACUGUGUCAAAAGCUUUUUUAAAAUCUAUACAAACUAUUCUUCCGUCAAUACUGUAUCUCUUUGAGAAUUCCAUGACGUCCUCUAUGGUUCUGACCGCGUCGAAAAUGGUUCUACCCUUUACAUAUGCAGAUUGAUUGAAAUGUAUGAUGUUUGGUAAAACAUUCUCCAAUCUCUUGGCAAUGGCUUUUGAACCGAUUUUAACAUCAACAUUAAUAAGCGAAAUCGGUCUCCAGUUUGAUAAGUCCCUUUUGUCUUUGUCCUUCUUUUCUGUUAGGGUAAUAAUGGCUUCUUUCUGAGAGUUUGAGAGCUCACCAUGAUCAUAAGAGUAGUUUAAGCUGUCUACUAAUAGCUGUCCUAAGAGGCCCCAAAAAGCCCUGUAAAAUUCGACUGUUAGUCCGUCAUCGCCUGGUGACUUGUUACUUUCAAACAGCUGAAGACUUUUGUAACACUCUUCAACCGUUAAUUUUCCCUCGCAAAUUUGAACAUCAGUAUCAGAGAGUUUUGGCAUUUCAGGAUUGUUUAAAAAAGAGUUUAACGUGUGUUCAGAUGGGCUAAGAGGGUCACGCUCACAAAGAUUAGAAAAAAAAUUUUGAAUUUCUUGCAAUAUUUUUUUAGGAUCCGUGAUUAGAACUCCAUUAUCGUCAAAAACCUUACGGACAGAACUCUUAGCUUUCUUAUGUGUUUCGAGGUUUAAAAAGAACUUAUUGCUUUUUUCUCCUUUUUCAUACCAAGUGGCUUUCGAUCGAAUUAUAGCACCUUUUGCUAUCUGCUCAUAGAUAGAAUCAUAUUCCAUUUUUAACAAUUCAAACUCUUCCUGGUUCUCAGGAGUUGGUGAACUACCGCAUCUCUCUUCCGAAAUCUUCAAAGAAGCCUCAAUAUCAGAGAUCGUGGAGCAUUUUGCGGAGUGGAAAUUCUGCUCCCAAGGAUGAAGUAUACCCAUGAAAUCGUUGGUACACACGGAGGAGCUUUGCUCCCGGAACGUGCCCCUGGAGCAUGCUCCAGGAGCAAAAUCCCUCGUGUGUAUCGGCCUUUAGCGUCAGGAGACGAAGGAAAUUGGGAAUCAGCUGAGGUUAAAAAAUUUUAAUUAAUUUUGACCUGUAACAGCUGCAUGUAUUCCCAAUUUAACAGCUAGAAUGAUGUCACCAAUUUCUGCUCAUUGGGUUAACCCAAUAACUUGCUCCUGGAAAUUUUGCCAAAAGAUGGUAGUAGGUUAUACUUGAAGCUAGUUGUGCUAUUUUAGGGUCGCUACUAUUAUAUUAUGGGUAUAUUAUUGGGUAAUUAUACUAUGUUUGCCACAUAUUAUAAAAGUGUGGUUUCAUUAAUUUUCACUUUUGGGUUUCUAAAAGAAGUUCAUGCUUUCAGAAUUAGAGAAGAAAUUUUCCAAUAGUCAUGAAGCACUUCAGGCUGUGGUGGAGGUAGUACCCGCGUAAGUGUGCUAACUACCAUUAGUAUAAACUUGUCCAGGGUAAGAAGUAAUGAUUCUUCUCUGACUUUAAGGUCAUGGGAAAUUUCAUAGAGAUAAGGAGACCUACAGCUAACUUGUAACUCUUAACAUGUCACCGUUCAAUCAAAAAUUAUGGCCACUCGAAUUACCUAACAUAAACAUUUUUAAGCCAUGUUUUCGCUUGAGUAAUUUUAUAAUAAUUUAUUCCAACAUUAAUUUUAUAAAAUGUUUCCAGAUUUAUCAAAUUUAGGGUCUUAUGGAUUCACAGGAAUUUACAGACAACAAACUUUAAUUUGCAAACAAAGAAUCUUACUUAUAUUGCAGGUUCAUUAUAUCCAACACCCCACCAAUCCUGGGUGUUUUUACUUCCAUACAUUUCAGAUUUUUCUAGUAUAAAUGUAAAGAAAUACAUGCAGAAUACAUACAGUGUACUAAUGUACACACAGAAAUUUUGUAUAAUUGUUACUAUUCUCUUAUUAGUGCUCCACAGUUUUUAAUUCCUGUACUAUCUGAAAACUUUCCUUACAUGAAAAAGCCGACUGUAUUUCAGGUAAUUUUGAAAAAGGUUUUCUUGUUGCCAUUUUCAUUGACUGCUGUUUUUACCGGUUUUUCAGAAAAAUCAAUUUUCCAUGUUAUGCAGUCUUUUUGUUGGAUUUCUUUGUCAUUUUGUAGGCCAGUUAUAUAAAGAACCUGUUGCAGAUCUCAAAGUACCUUCCCAAUCUCAGAGCAACAAUUUUGGAAAUAGUCAUUGACCAACUUAUAAAGAUUGAUGUAAGUAAAACUUGCAUGACUUAAUUACAUCUACUCUUAUUAUUAUGUUAUUAUCUCAUUUAAGUGCAGAAAAAUAAAUUAUUACUUUGUUAUACUUUUUAAUCUUUACUUGCAUUUUCCUGGAAAUAUUAGAUAAAAUCCCUUUUCUUUAAGUGGUCAUGAGGCGAAGCUUUGGAAAAUAGACUAAUGAUUAAUAUUGGGUAGCCAAUAGGGACUUCAUCUUUUACUGAUUCGUGGAGCCACCUUUAGUUAAUGAUAAUAAAUUUUCUCAAAAUACAUUAUACAUGUACUCAAGGAGCAGCAAAUUUGAAGUUUGUUGUUCAACAACGCAACUAUUUGCUUGAAGGACUGUCUUCAGUUUGCUUGAAAUUUAGCCAUGCAACUAUUGGGAAUCCAGCAAGUGAUUCUCUAAAUAAUACAUGUCUUGAAAUUUGUAGGUUGAAAUUCCUAAACAUGAGCUUGAACACAGUGAAACUGCAAUUGAAGAGGAAGAGGAGGAACACACCCAAUUUGUUGUGGAUUUGGUAAGGUGAUAUGAACUGAAAGGUGCCUAACAAAAAUUCAAUUACAGUUGAACCUGAUCUCUACAUAUGUUUGUUGUAUGUAAUACGCUACUCAGAGAAAGCGGAAAGCAUUUAGUGGGAACAUGGGAUUACACAUCUUCACAGUUUGGGUAGUCACUUAUAGGAGGUUUGUCGACUGCAUAUUCCAUACGCUCCUUUGUUUUCAGUGGUAAGGGACUCUAAGAGAAACUUUCAAACCUACUCAUUGCUUUAAUGCCCACUGUUGGGCAUGCUAAUUAAUGUAUUUAUAACCACAUGGAUAAGGAAGCCCUCAUUUUGUUUUUUAUUAUUGCACAAUUUUCAGUGUAAUUAUAUUGUGACAGUAAGUACAUAAUGAACUUAUGUUGAGAUAGGCUGUCAUUUCAUCAUUUUCAGAUAACAGUCUCUGCUCUUCCAAGCAAUUGCAUAAAAUGCACAUUAUUAUUUAAUUUGUACUUGGGUAAUAUAAAAUUACUGUAAACUGACACUUACAAGCUCUUCCACUCAUAAGCCCCCAGUUAUAGGCCUAUCUACCCGUAAACAAAACAAAUACGUCGAUGUAAGCUCAGGACUUGUAGAAGGUAGUUUUCAGUAAUAAUUUCAGGUUCUUAUCUGUUUGUGUGUGCUGGCCAUGUUCAGGCAGUGAGUUUUAAGUAUUAUAGUUAUAUAAUUAGAUAGAAUUUUGUUAAAUCAUGCAUUUUAAGGACAACAUUGCUGCAGAGGAAAGUAAUGCUGAAAGUGACAAGAGAGAAAUCUGCAUGGAGAAUGAAAUGGCAGACAAACUAGAUGUUCUCAUGGAGAUUCUCUUCAGUUAUUUUCAUGAUAUCACUCAUUUAAAUGGUGAGAUUCAGACUUUUGAGAGUGCUUGCUUUUCAUUCUAUAAACUGUGACAUGACUGGCUGAUAUUCAGUAUGACAAGUUUCUUUGACAUCAUUGCUACCAUAAUAAUAAGAAUAUCAAAUUAUAUAUCUAACUUGAGGAUAUUGAUAAUAAACAUUAGUUUUAAAAUAGUGUUGCAUGGUGUCUUUUGAUAAUGCUAGUAUGCCUUAUAAAAUGGUUACAGCCAAUGGUUUUGAAAUGGCUGACUUUAUCAGGGCAGUCACUAAGGAGGCCCUGCCAGGGGUGGGGGGGGUCCCAUGUUGCCCGUCUGGAUUUUAAAAUGUCUCGUGUUGGUGUUUAUAAUUGCUUGUCGCUUAUUGUCGGCUUUGCCGUCACUGUCGCAAUUUGGCAGAGGGAGGUUGUCUCUUGUCACAAUUUCAUUUUACGUGCUGUCGCUACUUUUUGAGCCAUGUCGCUUGUCGGAAUUUACCCUGGCAGGGCCUCACUAAGGACCGGGCAUCAGAGAGGAAAAUGGAACAUAAAGAACGUCCGGUUCCAUAUACCUUGCAACUUGAAAUCUUAGUGCCAGCCCUGUGUUAUCAUACACAGACGUGCAGAAUUUUAUGCAGGAAAGGUUGACAUCCUGUAGACAUGUCUACCUGUUUUGUAUAAUUUUUUUCAUUUUCACUUGAGUUUGAUUUUGAACAAUUCAUUGUCAAUACCAUCAGUGUUGGGUUUUCAUACCUUACAGUGGCUAUUUGACUUGUUUUCAGGGGAACAUAAUGUUGAUGCUGGAACAGAAUUGUUUAAUGAGCUUUUGGUGGUAUGUGACAAGGCUAUUGUAUUUUUCGUAAAGCUUAACAUAUCUUUUUUUUAACUAGUUGCUUAAGGUUUACAUGGUAUCAAGGCAGCUAGUCUUUUUGCAAUAGCUAAGGACUGUGCUUUAGCAGAUGGCAUAAAUUUUAUGAGUAAAGAUUAUAAGUAGCCAUGUUAUGGGGUAUUGGGCAGUGUAUGUUGAGGCAUUGGUGUUGGAAAUUUAAAGAAACAAAGUCUUCUGUUGAAAAUUCAUUUUAUGUGUUGUCAAUCUUUUUUGGGUAAUUUUUCUUGUCGGAAUUAAUUUUUACCCUCGGCUAGCAGGGUUUCCUUUAAUUGUCAUAAAAUUUUUCAUGCAUUUUUAUUUUGACAUUAAAUAUUCUUUUCUCCCAUUUGAACUUGUCAGGUUUUUGAAAAUGUCAUACUGCCGACCCAUGCCUCGUGUCAUACUCAGUUUGUUAUAUUUCUACUCUGUAGCUUUGAUCAGGUAGGUAAUUUAGUACUUUGAAUGUAUUCAUUUCCUGAUAACUAAAUUUAACAGAUAUCAUUUACAUAUUUUUUAUCCAUCAACUUUCACAUCAUCAUUUAUUCUACUCAGAUUUUUGCUGAUUCUUUCCUUGAUGUUUGUUGGAAGAAGGUAAAAGGGUGAUUUCAUAUUCCUUGACCUUUGUUUAUUACUUUCUGCAGUGAGGUUUUAUCAAUUUUCACAGGUAUCACUGGUAUCCCAAUUUCUUUACACUCUGAACAUCCCAGUCAUCCCUAGUCAUCCUAGUCAUCCCUAGUCAUCCCUAGUCAUCCUGGUCAUCCCCAGUCAUCCUAGUCAUCCCUAGUCAUCCCAGUCAUCCCUAGUCAUCCCUAGUGAUACAAAUCAUCCCUAGUCAUCCCUAGUCAUCCCAGUCAUCCCUGUCAUCCCUGUCAUCCCAGUCAUCCCAUGUCAUCCCUAGUCAUCCCAGUCAUCCCUAGUGAUACAAAUCAUCCCUAGUCAUCCCUGUCAUCCCUAGUCAUCCCAGCCAUCCCUAGUCAUCCCAGUCAUCCCAGUCAUCCCUAGGCAUCCCAGUCAUCCCUAGCCAUCCCUAGUCACCUCUACUCAUCCCUAGUCAUCCCUAGUCGUCCCUAGUCAUCCCACUCUUCCCUAGUCAUCCCUAGUAAUCCCAGUCAUCACUAGUCAUCCCUAGUCAUCCCUAGUCAUCCCUAGUCAUCCCUAGUCAUCCCAGUCAUCCCUAGUCAUCCCAGUCAUCCCCAGUCAUCCCAGUCAUCCCUAGUCCUCCCUAGGCAUCCCAGUCAUCCCUAGUCAUCUCAGUCCUCCCUAGUCAUCCCUAGUCAUCCCAGUCAUCCCUAGUCAUCCCUAGUCAUCCCCAGUCAUCCCUAGUCAUCCCUAGUCAUCCCAGUCAUCCCUAGUCAUCCCUAGUCAUCCCAGUCAUCCCUAGUUAUCCCUAGUCAUACCAUUCAUCCCUAGUCAUCCCUAGUCAUCCCAGUUAUCCCUAGUCAUCCCUAGUCAUCCCAGUCAUCCCUAGUCAUCCCUAGUCAUACCAUUCAUCCCUAGUCAUCCCUAGUCAUCCCUAGUCAUCCCAGUCAUCCCUAGUCAUCCCUAGUCAUACCAUUCAUCCCUAGUCAUCCCUAGUCAUGCCAGUCAUCCGUAGUCAUCCCCAGUCAUUACUAGUAAACCCUGGUCAUCCCUAGUCAUCCCUAGUCAUCCCAGUCAUCCCUAGUCAACCCUAGUCAUCCCAGUCAUCCCUAGUCAUCCCAGUCAUCCCUAGUCAUCCCUAGUCAUACCAUUCAUCCCUAGUCAUCCCUAGUCAUGCCAGUUAUCCCUAGUCAUCCCUAGUCAUCCCAGUCAUCCGUAGUCAUCCCCAGUCAUUACUAGUAAACCCUGGUCAUCCCUAGUCAUCCCUAGUCAUCCCAGUCAUCCCUAGUCAACCCUAGUCAUCCCUAGUCAUCCCAAGUCGUCGCAGUCAUCCCUAGUCAUCCCAGUCAUCCCUACUCAGCCCUAGUCAUCCCUAGUCAUCCCUAGUAAUCCCUAGUAAUCCCUAGUCAUCCCAGUUUUCAAUCAUCCCUAGUCAUCCCUAGUCAUCCCCAGUCAUCCCUAGUCAUCCCUAGUCAUCCCUAGUCAUCCCAGUCAUCCCUAGUCAUCCCUAGUCAUUUCAGUCAUCCCUAGUCAUCCCUAGUCAUCCUAGUCAUCCCAGUCAUCCUUAGUCAUCCCCAGUCAUUUCAGUCAUCCCUUGUGAUUCCUAGUCAUCCCUAGUCAUCCCAGUCAUCCCUAGUCAUCCCUAGUCAUCCCUAGUCAUCCCUAGUCAUCCCAGUCAUCCCUAGUCAUCCUUAGUCAUCCCUAAACAUUUCAGUCAUCCCUAGUCAUCCUUAGUCAUCCUAGUCAUCCCUAGUCAUCCCUAGUCAUCCCAGUCAUCCCCAGUCAUCCCUAGUGAUACAAAUCAUCCCUAGUCAUCCCUAGUCAUCCCUAGUCAUCCCUAGUCAUCCCUGUCAUCCCUGUCAUCCCAGUCAUCCCAUGUCAUCCCUAGUCAUCCCAGUCAUCCUCAGUCAUCCCUAGUGAUACAAAUCAUCCCUAGUCAUCCCUAGUCAUCCCAGUCAUCCCUGUCAUCCCUAGUCAUCCCAGCCAUCCCUAGUCAUCCCAGUCAUCCCAGUCAUCCCUAGUCAUCCCUAGUCAUCCCUAGUCAUCCCAGUCAUCCGUAGUCAUCCCCAGUCAUUACUAGUAAACCCUGGUCAUCCCUAGUCAUCCCAGUCAUCCCUAGUCAACCCUAGUCAUCCCUAGUCAUCCCAAGUCGUCGCAGUCAUCCCUAGUCAUCCCAGUCAUCCCUACUCAGCCCUAGUCAUCCCUAGUCAUCCCUAGUAAUCCCUAGUCAUCCCAGUUUUCAAUCAUCCCUAGUCAUCCCUAGUCAUCCCCAGUCAUCCCUAGCCAUCCCUAGUCAUCCCUAGUCAUCCCAGUCAUCCCUAGUCAUCCCUAGUCAUUUCAAUCAUCCCUAGUCAUCCCUAGUCAUCCUAGUCAUCCCAGUCAUCCUUAGUCAUCCCCAGUCAUUUCAGUCAUCCCUUGUGAUUCCUAGUCAUCCCUAGUCAUCCCAGUCAUCCCUAGUCAUCCCUAGUCAUCCCUAGUCAUCCCUAGUCAUCCCAGUCAUCCCUAGUCAUCCUUAGUCAUCCCUAAACAUUUCAGUCAUCCCUAGUCAUCCUUAGUCAUCCUAGUCAUCCCUAGUCAUCCCUAGUCAUCCCAGUCAUCCCCAGUCAUCCCUAGUGAUACAAAUCAUCCCUAGUCAUCUCUAGUCAUCCCUAGUCAUCUCUAGUCAUCCCUGUCAUCCCUGUCAUCCCUGUCAUCCCAGUCAUCCCAUGUCAUCCCUAGUCAUCCCAGUCAUCCUCAGUCAUCCCUAGUGAUACAAAUCAUCCCUAGUCAUCCCUAGUCAUCCCAGUCAUCCCUGUCAUCCCUAGUCAUCCCAGCCAUCCCUAGUCAUCCCAGUCAUCCCAGUCAUCCCUAGUCAUCCCUAGUCAUCCCUAGGCAUCCCAGUCAUCCCUAGCCAUCCCUAGUCAUCUCUACUCAUCCAUAGUCAUCCCUAGUCGUCCCUAGUCAUCCCACUCUUCCCUAGUCAUCCCUAGUCAUCCCAGUCAUCACUAGUCAUCCCUAGUCAUCCCUAGUCAUCCCAGUCAUCCCUAGUCAUCCCAGUCAUCCCUAGUCAUCCCCAGUCAUCCCAGUCAUCCCUAGUCCUCCCUAGGCAUCCCAGUCAUCCCAGUCCUCCCUAGUCAUCCCUAGUCAUCCCAGUCAUCCCUAGUCAUCCCUAGUCAUCCCUAGUCAUCCCUAGUCAUCCCAGUCAUCCCUAGUCAUCCCUAGUCAUCCCAGUCAUCCCUAGUCAUCCCUAGUCAUACCAUUCAUCCCUAGUCAUCCCUAGUCAUGCCAGUUAUCCCUAGUCAUCCCUAGUCAUUCCAGUCAUCCGUAGUCAUCCCCAGUCAUUCCUAGUAAACCCUGGUCAUCCCUAGUCAUCCCUAGUCAUCCCAGUCAUCCCUAGUCAACCCUAGUCAUCCCUAGUCAUCGCAAGUCGUCGCAGUCAUCCCUAGUCAUCCCAGUCAUCCCUACUCAGCCCUAGGCAUCCCUAGUCAUCCCUAGUAAUCCCCAGUCAUCCCAGUUUUCAAUCAUCCCUAGUCAUCCCUAGUCAUCCCAGUCAUCCCUAGUCAUCCCUAGUCAUUUCAGUCAUCCCAGUCAUCCCUAGUCAUCCUAGUCAUCCCAGUCAUCCUUAGUCAUCCUUAGUCAUCCCCAGUCAUUUCAGUCAUCCCUUGUGAUCCCUAGUCAUCCCUAGUCAUCCCAGUCAUCCCUAGUCAUCCCUACUCAUCCCUAGUCAUCCCUAGUCAUCCCAGUCAUCCCUAGUCAUCCUUAGUCAUCCCUAGUCAUUUCAGUCAUCCCUAGUCAUCCUUAGUCAUCCUAGUCAUCCCUAGUCAUCCCUAGUCAUCCCAGUCAUCCCCAGUCAUCCCUAGUGAUACAAAUCAUCCCUAGUCAUCCCUAGUCAUCCCAGUCAUCCCUGUCAUCCCUAGUCAUCCCAGCCAUCCUUAGUCAUCCCUAGUCACUCCUAGUCAUCCCUUGUAAUCCCAGUCAUCCCUAAUCAUCCCUAGUCAUGCCAGUCAUUCCUAGUCAUUUUUAGUCAUGCCUAGUCAUCCCUAGUCAUCAUAGUCAUCCCUAGCCAUCCCUUUUUAUCCCUAGUCAUCCCUGGUCAUCGUUAGUCAUCCCAGACAUCCCUGUCAUCCCUAGUCAUCCCAGACAUCCCUAGUCAUCCCAGUCAUCCCUAGUCAUCCCCGAGUCAUCUUUAGUCAUACCUAGUCAUCUCUAGUCAUCCCGGUCAUCCCUAGUCAUCCCUAGUCAUGCCUAGUCAUCCCAGUCAUUCCUAGACAUUCCUACUUAUCCCUAGUCAUCCUAGUCAUCCCUAGUCAUCCCUAGUCAUCCUUAGUGAUCCCUAGUCAUCCCAGUCAUCCCUAGUCAUCCAUAGUCAUCGCAAUCAUCCCUAGUCAUCCUAGGCAUCCCUAGUCAUCUCAGUCAUCCCUACUCAUCAUAGUGGUCGCUAGUCAUCCCUAGUCAUCCCUAGUCAUCCCAGUCAGCCCUACUCAUCCUACGCAUCCCUAGUCAUCUCAGUCAUCCCUAGUCAUCCUAGUGAUCCCCAGUGACCCCUAGUCAUCCCAGUCAUCCCUAGUCAACGAUAGUCAUGCCUAGUCAUCCCUAGUCAUCCCUGGUCAUCCCAGUCAUCCCUAGUCAUCCCUAGUCAUGCCUAGUCAUCCCAGUCAUUCCUAGACAUUCCUUCUCAUCCCUAGUCAUCCUAGUCAUCCCUAGUCAUCCCUAGUAAUCCUCAGUCAUCCCAGUCAUCCCUAGUCAUCCCUAGUCAUCCUCUGUCAUCCCAGUCAUCCCUAGUCAUCCCCAGUCAUCCCUAGUCAUCCCACUCAUCCCUAGUCAUCCUUAGUCAUCCCUAGUAAUCCCUAGUCAUCCCAGUCAUCCCUAGUCAUCCCUACUAGUCAUCCUAGUCAUUUGUAGUCAUCCCUAGUCAUCCAUUGUCAUCCUAGUCAUCCCUAGACUUCCUUAGUCAUCCCUUGUAAUCCCAGUCAGCCCUAGUCAUCCCUAGUCAUCCGUAGUCAUCCCUAGUCAUCCAGGACAUCCCUAGUCUUCCCAGUCAUCCCUAGUCAAACCUAAUCAUCCGUAGUCAUCCCUAGUCAUCCCUCAUCAUCCCUAGUCAUCCCAGUCAUCCCCUAGUCAUCCCUAGUCAUCCCUAGUCAUCCCUAGUCAUCCCUAGUCAUCCCAAUCUUCCCUAGUUAUCCCUAGUCAUCCCUAGUCAUCCCAGUCAUCCCUGUCAUCCCUAGUCAUUCCAGACAUCCCUAGUCAUCCCAGUCAUCCCUAGUAAUCCUUAGUUAUCCUUAGUCAUCCCUAGUCAUCCUUAGUCAUCCCUAGUAAUUCCUAGUCAUCCCAGUCAUCCCUAGUCAUCGCUACUAGUCAUCCUAGUCAUUUGUAGUCAUCCCUAGUCAUCCAUUGUUAUCCUAGUCAUCCCUAGUCUUUCUUAGUCAUGCCUUGUAAUCCCAGUCAGCCCUAGCCAUCCCUAGUCAUCCAUAGUUAUCCCUAGUCAUCCUAGUCAUCCCUAGUCAUCCCUAGUCAUCCCAUUUAUCCCUAGUCAUCCCUAGUCAUUCUAGUCAUCCCUAGUCAUCCUAGUCAUCCUAGUCAUCCCUAGUCAUUCUAGUCAUCCCAGUCAUCCCUAGUCAUCCCUAGUGAUACAAAUCAUCCCUUGGCAUCCCUAGUCAUCCCAGUCAUCCCUGUCAUCCCUAGUAAUUCCAGACACCCCUGGUCAUCCCAGUUAUCCCAGUCAUCCCUGUCAUCCCUAGUCAUUCCAGACAUCCCUAGUCAUCCCAGUCAUCCGUAGUAAUCCUUAGUUAUCCCUAGUCAUCCGUAGUCAUCCUUAGUCAUGCCUACUCAUCCCAGUCAUCCCUAGUCAUCCCUAGUCAUCCCAGUCAUCCUUAGUCAUCUCUAGUCAUCCCCAGUCAUCACAGUAAUCUCUAGUCAUCCCUAGUCAUCCCUAGUCAUCCCAGUCAUCCCUAAAAAUCCGUAUUCAUCCCUAGUCAUCCUUAGUAAUCCUUAGUCAUCCGAGUCAUCCCUAGGUAUCCCUAGUCAUCCCUUGUCAUUCCAGUCAUCUCUAGUCAUCCCUGGUGAUCCCAGUCAUCCCUAGUCAUCCCUAGUCAUCCAGGUGAUCCCUAGUUAUCCUAGUCAUCCCGAGUCAUCCCAGUCAGCCCUAGUCUUCCGUACUUAUUCUUAGUCAUUCCAAUCAUCCCUAGUCAUUCCUAGUCAUGAUCCCUAGUCAUCCCUAGUCAUCCCAGUCAUCGCUAGUCAUUUCUAGUCAUCCUAGUGAUUCCUUGUGAUUCCAGUCAUCCCUUGUCAUCCCUUGUCAUCCGCAGUCAUCCGCAGUCAUCCCUUGUCUUCUCAGUCAUUUCUAGUCAUCCCUAGUCAUCCGUACUCAUCCCUAGUCAUCCAGGUCAUCCCUAGUCAUCUUAGUCAUCCCUAGUCAUCCCAUUCAGCCCUAGUCAUCAUAGUCAUCCCUUGUCAUCCGUUGUGAUUCCAGUCAUUGCUAGUCAUUUUUGUUAUCCCUAGUCAUUCCAGUCAUUUUAGUCAUCGCUAGUGAUCCCAGUCAUCGUUAGUCAUCGCUAGGUAUUCCAGUCAUUCCUAGUCAUCCCUAGUCAUCCCUAGUCAUCCUGGUCAUCCCUAGUCAUCCUAGUCAUCCCUAUUGAUCAAAUAAUUAUGAUAGUAUUCCUUCAUAAUAGAACUAGUGAAAGAAGUGAUUUAGAAAGUAAAGAAUUGCUUAAUCUGAAAUGUCAGCCGUCUCCAACCCAUUGAGGACGUUGGGCUUCUCUCUUCCCACUGCCCCCCACUGCCCCCCAUGGGUGCACGGGUGACAUUUCAGACUGAGAAUUACUUUUAGUACAGCCUCCUCCUCACACACACAGCCUCCAAAAGUUAUUACUCUAUUUCUUUGUAUAAGUGCCUCGGCACUUAUUUAAAAUUAGGGCUAGUGGUGGGGGUGGGGGGUUGGGCACUUAUCGUAAGGAGGGUGCUUUUUAAGUUUUCCUUUCAACAAAGUAGAACUAUGUUUCGGCUAAAUCUUCAAUAGUCUUUCGUUUGUUAAAACAGUAGUUCUAAUCAAGCAGACCCUUGUCCCAUCAAACACUUAACACAGAGAAGGAACCGCUUUGCGUGCGUAUAAUUAUCGGUUAUCUCAUCAUCUUCAAGAUCAUCCACGUCAAUGAU